GCCUCCUCUUGUGUGCACACGAUCUUUGGUUGGAGUCCGUGUACAAGGUGCGGCAGAGCGUCUCCCGGUCAACUUGUAAAAGUUUGAGUUUGUGUCGGUGUAUGGCGGAUUUCCUAACGAACAGCAAAAAAACACGUUAGCAGGCCUGUUGUAGAGUGCUUAAAGAGUUUGUAGUCAGGCGGAGCGGUGAGCCUCUGCACUGAGACAGAGUCAUGGCCUCUGGGAAAAACAAGAACCAGACCUCUCUGGCGCUCCAUAAGGUGAUCAUGGUGGGCAGCGGUGGCGUGGGGAAGUCCGCCCUCACCCUGCAGUUCAUGUACGACGAGUUUGUGGAGGACUACGAGCCCACGAAGGCGGACAGCUACAGGAAGAAGGUGGUGCUGGACGGCGAGGACGUUCAGAUCGACAUCCUGGACACGGCGGGUCAGGAGGACUACGCCGCCAUCAGAGACAACUACUUCCGCAGCGGCGAGGGCUUCCUGCUGCUGUUCUCCAUCACCGAGCACGAGUCCUUCACAGCCACGUCCGAGUUCAGGGAGCAGAUCCUGCGGGUGAAGGAGGAGAAGGAGGAGGCCAUCCCGCUGCUCCUUGUGGGGAACAAGUCGGACCUGGAGGAGCGGCGGCAGGUGUCUGCAGACGAGGCCACGGCGAAGGCCAGCGAGUGGGGGGUGCAGUACGUGGAGACGUCGGCCAAGACGAGAGCCAACGUGGACAAGGUGUUCUUCGACCUCAUGCGGGAGGUCCGCAAGAAGAAAAUAUCGGAGAGCAAAGACAAAAACGGGCUGAGCGGCAAGAAGAAGAAGAAGCGCUGCUGCAUCCUUUAACUCCCCGUGGAGCGGACAAAGUGCCAAAAACCAAAAAGGCUCAGACGGACUGAAACUCAUCACAAGUCCAUCUGCUGGAUACACUCCCCCUGCAGCCGGGGGGGGGCUCCCUCUCCUCGCCUGCACCUUUAUUUUUACACCUGGAAAUGUAUUUUUCUCCACAUGUAUAAAACCCAAACUUGAAAAGAAUCUGGACGUGUUUGAGGAACCUCACUUCCAUUAUUGUUUGUCUGAAAGUCACUUCGGUGCUUUCCCGCUUCCUGUCUGUGGCCAGAAGUAUGUGGACACGUCCGCUGGCUUUAGGACGCAGGAAGUGGGAUUCAUGAGUGAGGAGUCUGUCAGCUGUCGGGAGCUCUGAUCAACAGGAGCUCGUGUUUCCUCUUCCAGGAGGACGAGCUGACCGCCACGUUGCAGAAGUUCAGCUUCAGUUUUCUUUUUCUUCAGGCGACUCGAGCUGCAACCACUAAAACUAAAGGAUCAGCGUUCUUUAUUCUAUCUAUCUAUAUCUAUAUAUAUCUAUAUAUAUCUAUAUAUAUAUAUAUAUAUAUAUAUCUUUAAAUCACUUUGUAAGCAACGCUCCUGAUGAGUCGCAGCAUCAGAUUUUCCUCCUGUUGAUACGAAUUAUAGCAAAUAAAACCAGCAACUUCAGGACUUUCUGACGUUUCAUAGACGUAAAGUAACAAAUGACACGUACAGGUUCAUCUACGACCGCAGUCAGGACAUCGUGAGUCGCUGGGGGGGCGGAGUUACAGCAGAUGAAAUAAAUCUAUCCUCCUGAUUUAAAGUAAAACCCCUGAAUUCUUAGAUCAUAAAGAAUAAUUAAAUAUUCCCCUCGGCUCCGUAAACUUUUCUUCUACCUCCAUUGAGCUCUCAGGCGUCCGUAUACUUCUGGCCACACCGACGGACGAGCAGCUGAAGUUCCACGAUGACACUUUGUGCCUUAAACUCUGCUGCUCCACCUUCCUGCAGCUCACACUUCCACACACUCCUUUUUAUAUGAACGCACCGACAAGUAUAUGAUUUCUAAUCACGUUGAAAAGGGAAUUACUACUUCCAUGACUCUUGUGUUGGACAUGUUCGUUUAAUAAAAGAAAUGAAUGUUGUUUGUGACAUCGGGCAGUUCUUACCUUGAAACCUUUCAGCAGCUUUAUUCAUCGUUCCACUCGAUGUAACUCCAGUUUAAGGAAUGAUUUGCCAAAUAAAGAAUAAGUUAAAGUAGAGACGGUUAACAUUUGAUCUGUAAGGAAUGAUUUCCCCCGUGUGUCAGAAUAUAAAGAAUCAUCGCUCCUCUUGAUUUGGGUUCAUGGAGCUUCACUUUUUACUUUGACAGGAAUGAAUUGUGCUAAAUGACAUGUUUUUGUCUUAAAUAAGAAAUAAAAUAAUGAUAAUACAGAA